CGUGGCAGCGGAGGUUCCAUCAGCGCUGAUCGCGUCGGUCUGUCCCGGCGAUGAGCGCACACCGGUGCCGGCUGCGGGUGCGUGCGGGCGGGAAGGACGUGGACUGAGGGGCCGGUUGACAAACGGUGUCAUGUUCACGGGCCCAGCUUUUGAAAAAGUGUGUGCGAGCGGGUUCCGGCGGUGAAGAUGCUGACGGACUCGACCGUGGAGGAGGAAUUCGAGAUCAAGGAGGAGGAACCGUGGUACGACAAGCAGGACCUUGAACAUGACCUGCAGCUGGCGGCCGAGCUCGGGAAGACGCUGCUGGAGAGGAACAGGGAGCUGGAGCAGGGCCUGCAGCAGAUGUACUGCAACAACCAGGAGCAGCUGCAGGAGAUCGAGUACCUGACGAAGCAGGUGGAGCUCCUCAGGCAGGUCAACGAUCAACAUGCCAAAGUGUACGAGCAGCUGGACGUGUCGGCCCGAGAGCUGGAGCAGAGCAACCACAAACUGGUUCUGGACAACAGGACGGCGCAGCAGAAGAUCCAGGGGCUGACAGAAACCGUGGAGCAGCUGCAGACGCAGGUGGAGGAGCUGCAGCAUCAGGUGGAGGAGCUGAUGUUGAGUCCCCGGCCUCAGAAGGCGCCGCGCGGAGACGGGUGGUCGACCCGCAGCAGUCAGAGUGUGUCCUGCCUGAAAGAGCUGCAAAACACUCUCCAGCACGACCAUGAUGCCGAGGAACCCUCGGACGACCCCGAGUCCUCCGACGUGUCGUGGCGAGAGGACGAGCAGGCGUCGCUGCGACAGUCCCUCCGCAGCCUCCAGACGCAGUUCGCCGGUGAGCGCGCUCGGCGGGAGGAGGCGUCGCGAGAGGCCGAGCUGCUCGCCGGCGAGAACGCGGCACUGGAGCAGCAGCUGGUCGGGAUGGGGCGAUGUCAGGCCAGAGUGCUCGAGCUGGAGCGCGAGGCCGAAGAGCUUCGUCAGCUCUGGAAGUCCGAGUCCUCCAAGAGGUCCCGCAGGCCGGACGUCCUCCACAGCCUGCUGUCGGACUCGCUGUUCCUCCACCCGGAGGAGGAGGGCGAAGGGGACGCCGCCGCGGGCCGGAGCCCCUGGGUGCUGAAGCGCUGGGGCCACGAGAGGCCGAUGAAGGCGCCGCAGACGCCCGCCUCCCCCGACCGGGUCUACGACCACGAGUGCUCCUGCGUGCGGCGGGCGGAGGUGGUGAAGUAUCGCGGCAUCUCGCUGCUCAACGAGGUCGACGCCCAGUACAGUGCCUUGCAGGUGAAGUACGACGAUCUGCUGCGGCGCUGCCACCCGGGGCCGCAGGGGGCCGAGCAGGAGGACGGGCAGGAGGACGGGCAGAGCCACAAAUCCGUCCAGACUCCGUCCCUCGCCGCCGCUUGUCCCGGCCUGACGGACGUGGAGGACUUUGAGGGCGACUUUCACCAGCCAGAGUACAAGGAACUCUUCAGGGAAAUAUUCUCCUGCAUUCAGAAAACCAAAGAGGACCUGAUCGAAAACAGGGGGAGACCCCCGGCUGGUGACGCGCUGCCUGCUUAUCAUUAGCCGCUUCCAGAAGAACGAAAGAAAAGAAGGCCCCUGCUGCAGGAUGAGUUCAUCGUCUUCCAGUUCCAGAGGGAAACUCUUUGUUAAGACUUUUCCAGCAGCACAUGCAGCUAAGUCGACACUUCACUGUAUUCGUUAUUUGCCCAGAAAUGCCCAGCGAAGGUGUUGAGACGUAAGAGUGAUGCAGAGAAACCAGAAGACCCCCGGCCUCCACCAGCUCUCCAGUCUCAGACGUGGCUCCUUUUGCACAGAAACACCAGUGCCUCACGCCGCCGCCUCCACUGUGCGAUCGCUCUACCUCACUUUGCACAGCACCUGUUUUUGAACAAGCGCCUGUGGUGUGGAAAAAUCAUUUCUGGGGAAUAAUCCUGUCUGUAAAACUGUGUUCCACACGUCCUGUAGGUUCCACUUGAUUUCCCCUAGAAAGAAAAAAAACGACAUGUUGUUACUGUAAAUUCACGGAAAGUUUCCUGGAAAAGACGGAAGAGCCGACGACGCGAUUUGGUUCGAAUGACGGAGAAAAGUGGAGACUGGGUUCAGUUCGUUCGAAACCAGGUAAAAUAUUUCUGCUGUGAGGUAGAAAGUUGACAAAGCUGAUCAGAUGAUGAUGCAAAAAUCUAAGUUUUGAAUUCAAUUUCUCUCUUCUCUGGAAGUAAUGAAUUGCUGUAGGGUCUGUGCAACUACCAGUUAUUUUCAUUAAAGAUUAUUAAAAUAAUAAUUUAGGUCAUAAAUUGAUCAGGGAAAAAAAUAUCCAUCACAUAUUUCCAGAAAUCAGCAUGACACUUUUUUUUGUCUGACAAAUACACAGAUACCCAGAAAUAUUCAGUUUACAAUGACGUAAAAGAAAAAGGAAAAGAACUUCACAUUUGAGAUGCUGGAGCCAGAAAAUGUAUAUUACAUUAGGGAUACAAUCACUUGUGAAAAAUAACAUGAAACAUACAUUUUCCAGCGAUCAAUAAAUUGUUUCGGCUCUAAACUGAUUUAAAGUAAAUUCAACUUUCCCAGGAAACUUCUUUUAGAAAGUCACAGACAUGUAAAAUAAAAGUGCUCCAUUUGUAUUUACUCUGUUUUGUUUACUGACCCUCUGUUGGGCUAAUGUGAACGUUUGUAACUUAUUUUUCUUCUUUGCAACUAUUAAAAAAAAAAAAAAAAAAUAGGCGUAUUGGUGAUAGUUCCGCCUGCGCCUAUAACAACGAUCAAUGCAAGGAGGAUGAAUACAGUAUCUGAUAUAUUGGUGAAUGAAGUUGAUUCUAUCAGAAGUGAAAGCCGGCGAUUCAAGGUGCUCGAAUAUUAUUAGGAUUUUUUGCAACUGUAACAUGUACAUCCCUGAAAUUAUACUUGAUUACUGCGUGUUAGGUUUAGACGACUGUGAGUGAAUGUUAUGUUUAUGACGUUUACAAAAACAAUAAUUCUCCAUGUACUUGAUGAUGUAGCGGCCUCCUGGUAUAUUCGCCUCAGGAAGCCAGUGUAUGAUUAGAAGCUUCUUCUUUUUUUCUCCCAGCAGCACUUCUGUUGCAGUUUGCUGCCUGACGUUUUUCCCGUGUCCUCGUUCAAGCUUAAAGACCGUGCACAUGUGUGUAGAUGUAAAAAAAAAAAAAACAAUUUUGAGAUGCACUUUAGAAUUGCACAGGCAUUAUUGCUGCUCUCCUGACACUUUAUAUUCCUCUCGUGUGUAGUUAAUGCAAAACGUGACGUGCUACUGUUUCAAAUCUAAUCUGCAGAAUGUAUGUACGACGUGCUUUUACCUGUUUCAUGAUCGGACCUCACAGUUACUGUUGUCGCUCUGAGCCAUAAAACAUGAAACAAGCUGA